UCUAAACGCAACGAUGCUGUGUCUGAGUUUAAUAUGCUCUGAGUCUCUGGGAUUCGGAUUAAAAAUAUACCAGUAAAAUAACCGCAGUAAAAAUCUACGUCAGACUGCAAGACUCUGAAUAGAAUAAUCCUUGAGAGGUCGAACUUAGUGAACUAGAAAAAAAUUCCUGCAAAUAUUUAUUUUCAUUGCUGAUUUCGUUUCAACCUAUGCAUUGAUAAAAUAAAUUUGAUUAACACGUUUUGUCGACAUGGUGUUUAUGCAUUAUUAAAACGGAAGCAGAGUGACUAAAAAAUUAUGGGUGGAAAGGUGCAACGAGGAGUCUUCCAGACAAUUUUCAAACACCUUAUUAAUUCUUUCAAGCCUCGCAGAUUCACAGGAGACUUAGUAGGUUCCGAUUACCUUGGUAACAAAUACUAUCAACAUUCACAACAUGCGACCAGCGAGAAAAAAUUGCCAGCCCGAUACUUCGUACCCAAAAUCGAAGAUAACUUUGAACAAGAAAUUCCAGCUGAAUGGGAGGCAUGGCUGAGACAUCGUAGGAAAGAACCUCCUGCAGAGUCUGAAGUGUUGCGUAAUUUCGCAAUUAUGAAAAUGAAGAAGAAUAAUGCUAUUGAAUUAGACAACGCUUUAAGAGCUUCGAGAGCACAGAAGCAGGAGGUAGCGGAAAUUCAUAGGGUUACCAAAUUUCCAAAGUACCCAGAAUACGAGAACGUCGACAGUGAGCAUCCAAAGAAUCCAAAAGAUUAAAUUUUUUAGUACUGGUGAAUUUAGUCGAAUCGUGUACAUAUGUGAUUCGAAGAGCAAACAAUAUCAAAGGGAUGUAUAGUGGCACCAUUCAUAGGUCCAUGCUGUAAUCUACGUAAAGUUGUAGUGUUAUCAUUAAAAGUUGGCCAUAUUCAUUGUA